AUGAGUUCAAGAACUACGGCAACAGGAGGGACAUCCUCGAGCAAUAGACGGGCACCGCCCACAACAACCCCCGCCAACGUCGCUAGCGGCAGAGCCACGCCUGCGACGCAGCCAACUCGAAGGCCGCGAUCUUCGUCAAACGCAGCCGCAUCGUCGUCAUCUGUGGCUGUAAAUGGACCGAAGCCCCUCUUUGGAGUCGAGAUCGAGAUCUUUGUCAAGCUCCGCCCCGAACUCGAGAGGGCUAUCUAUACCCGACGUCAACGAGGAGAACAGCUGGACGAGGAGUAUUGGCGGAAUUGGAACUUUGCGCUCAGUAACGAAAAGGGCAACCAGCCACUGAAGGAUAAGCAACGAGAAUGCGUUGGCCAGGCCAUCGAAGCGUUAAUCGAGGGUGCCCUAGGUCCUAACCACCACUGGAAGUGCGAGCCCGACGCGAGUCUAAAGGAGUGGGCGUUGACAGAGCCCCCGGAGCCUCGCAAGUGGUGGGGAAUUGAGAUUAUCUCUCCGCCCAUGUCAGCGGCGCGGCAGUGGCGACAAGAGAUUCACGAAGUCUUCGCGGCCGUGGCCGAGGAGUUUGAGCUCUGGACCAGCACCUUCUGCGCUUGCCAUGUCCAUGUCUCGCCCGGCCCCCUCAAGUCGAGCAAGUACAACUUUGAUCAGCUCGUCCAGAUUGCUUGUGCCAGCCACUUCUGGGAAGAAGCGCUCAAGACUAUCCUCCCAGAAGAGCGCAAGAUCAACAGAUACGCGCAGCCGAAUGCCACCGUAUUCGCAAAUGCAGAGUAUAAUACUGUUUCGCGCUACACCUGGGCCCCCGUCUUCCAGGCAGUCAAAUCCGCAGCGGGAACGGCUCAAAAGUUUGCAGCACGAUAUCCCUCGGAGGAUAGAACCAAGUAUGCGUACGCUAUGUUUGCCUGUCUGAUGGCAGGGGCGAAGGUCACAGACCCGGAUCCAUCCGACACUGCUGAAAGAUAUUUGUCGAGCAACUUUCUGCCGCUACCCGAGUUGGGUACCGUUGAACUUCGUCGCCAGGCUGGAGUUGCCUCGGCCCAUAGCACCAUCCAACGGGCCCUUCUUGCCCUCACCCUGCAUGUCAGCGCCCUUCAAUACGACUUUGUAGCGGCAGCUUCGCGGAGGGACCAUCCCACUCAGGCGGAGCUCAAAACCGAGCUUUCUCUAGCUAUCAAAAGACUGCCCGCGUCAUGCCGUGGCGACCGCUUCCUGAAAUGCGCAGCAACUCCUACGUGCCCCCCACCCCCCGCCGGCGGCACCUCCAAUCCCUACGAGAUCUGGCACCCGGACCCGUCCAACGAGCGGCCCGUGAUCCCCACCCGCUACCCAGCCCCCUCCUACCCCGUUGUGGUGAGGGAGGUUGUGGAGGUGUUGAUGCGGGAGGGUAAGCAGUUGGUGUUGAGGUGGGUUACGGUGGGCAGGACCCGCGUAAGGAGAGUAUGUAGACAGCUGGGGAUAAAGUGA